UGACGCAAGGGAGGCCUCUUCCCCCUUCUCGCACAGAGCCAACCUUUUUCGCCCACGUUAUCUAGGUCUGGGCCGGUUCCUGCUAGCGGUGGCGGGAGGAGAGACGCCCCAGCUGAGCAGGCCUCGGAGAGAGGGAUCCCCGGCUUGAGCCUUCUCGGGGAGGGCGGGAGGGAACGAAACCGCUAGGCCUCUUCCUCAGCUGAGGUAAAUUUUGAGCCCGCGCUUCUCCCUCAGGCAAGGUGUGGAGGCGAAAAGGGCGGGGGGGUCCCUUUCCUUUACCCCCCUUUCCCCACUCCGAGCGUGCUUUCUCGGAAGUAAGGCCCGCAGCGGUCAACGGCGCUUACUCUCAAGAAAAGGCGCUUCAAAUUUGACCCCCGUCUCCUCACAAGCCUCCCCGGCGUUCCAUCCCUGCGGACAGACGGACCUCUCUUCCGCCUCAGGGGGCGGGGCUGGAGAGCCACACCUGACGAGAGGGGGUUUCUAGGCCCCCUUCCCCUGCCCGAAAAAUAGUUUCUUUUCCCCCUCCCCUGCCUGAAAAAUAGUUUCUUUUAGGAGGAGAGUCCCCUAGUCGUAUUUGACAAUUUCCUGGAGAAUAAGUUGGGACUUCUUCGUCGUCUUUGAACGUUCCCUGGAAAAUAAUUUGGGGACUUUUUAAUUGAUUUUAGAGUCCCAGGAAAAUGAAUUGGCGUCUUUCAACCCCCCUGCGGAAUAACUGGGGGGGGGGGGGGGUUCCAUAAUUGCCUGUGAAAAUUCCCUAAGGUAUACUUGGGGGCGCCCUAAUCUUCUUUGAAAAUUGCUGAGAAAAUCAUAUGUAUGGACUCCUGAACUUUAAAAAAUACCCUGGAAAAUAGUUUGGGGGCUCCAUAAUCACCUGUGAAACAUCCUUGGGGUAUAAUUGGGGGGGGGGGGGGGCUCUCUAAUCAGUAAUCUUUGAAGAUUACUGGAAAAUAAUUUCGGGGCUCUAUAAUUGUCUUUAAAAAAUUCCUGGGGUAUAAUUUCUAGGAAGGGGGGCGACUUCCUAAUUAUCUUUGAAAAAUACUGGAAAAUAAAGAGUGUGCUCCCUAAGUCGUUAAAAAUUAUGUGGAAAAUAAUUUGAGGUCUCCCUUAGUUAUUUUUAGAGAGUCCCUGGAAAAUAAUGGAGGGGGGCUCUUUGGGUGACUUUUGGGGUCUCUGGGAAAAUAAUCCUUGAGGGGCUCCCCAGUCUGGGGUAAAAAAUAUGGCAGUACAAAAUUUGGGCAAGCAACUGACCAAAGCCCUCCCUCUCACUUUCUGCUUUGAAUCUCUUGCAAGAGACAGUCCUGGUCAAUUUCUUUUCUCUUUGCUCCUAGCCUUCUUUGGAAUUUCUCUAGGGGGGGGGAAGAAACUAGGAAAAGUUUCCCAGUGAUGUUUUAGAGAUCCUCUGAAAAAAUAGUUUGUGGGGGUCCCCCCAUGAAGUUUCUCUGAAAAAUAACUUGGAGAGGCCCUGAUUAUUUUGGGGCUGUUGAACCCUGUCUGAGAAACUGGGGCCUCUCUCCAUACCCAGGAUCCGUCCCCCCUCAUUCCCCAUCUUUGACCAGGGCAAAGACACCCUUUAGGCCAUAUAGAUAAUAUACAUUCCGCGGCCUUAGCAUUGGCUUCAGAGGAGCAGUCAUGUGGCACAAGUCCAUGUGCGUGGCCUUGGUGGCCCUGGCAACCGGCUAUGUCUUCUUGCUGGACCCUGAUCUGCCGGACUCAGUGCUGGAGUACAUUUCGGCCUCCUUCUUGUACCAGCUGCCAGUGUCCCCGGAGAGCAGUAUGGCAGCUGCCUGGGACUCGCUUAUCGUCCAACCGGCCAAGCAGUGGAACAGAGUUGCUGUUGGAGUCAAUGCCUGUGUGGAUGUGAUCCUCUCAGGUGUGAAGUUGUUGCAGGCCCUUGGUCUAGAUUCUGCAGCUGGACGAGACCACUCAGUCUUGCAUUCCACAACGGAUUUGAAAGAAGCCUUUGCCCACUUCAUGGGGAAGGGGGCUGCUGCAGAGCGGUUUUUCAGUGAUGCAGAGUCUUUCCACCACGUUGCACAGACUGCUUCAGAGUAUCCUGGGGCACAGCUGUACGUGGGAGGAAAUGCAGCUCUUAUUGGCCAGAAAAUUGCAAUGAACCCAGACCUGAAGGUUCUGUUGUGCGGCCCAAUUGGUCCUAAACUUCACGAGCUGCUUGACGAAAACGUAAUUGUCCCUCCAGAGUCCAUGCAAGAGUUGGACGAAUUUCAUCUUAUACUGGAGUAUAGAGCAGGAGAAGAGUGGGGGCAGUUGAGAGCCCCAAAUGCCAACCGCUUCAUCUUCUCCCAUGACCUGUCCAACGGGGCCAUGAACAUGCUGGAAGUGUUUGUGUCCAGCCUGGAAGAAUUUCAGCCGGACUUGGUUGUGCUGUCUGGUCUGCAUAUGAUAGAGGGACAGAACAAGGAGGUGCGCCAGAAAAGGCUCCUGGAGGCAGUGGCUGCCAUCUCUGACAUCCCCACCGAUGUCCCUGUGCACUUGGAGCUGGCCAGUAUGACUGACCCAGACCUUAUGAGCGAGAUAAUUCAUCAGGUCUUUCCUCUGGUGGACUCAAUUGGCUUGAACGAACAGGAGCUGCUCUUCCUCACACAAGCGGCUGCCGGACCUCACGCCUCGCUGACGUCCUGGAACGGAAUCCCGGACGUGGGAGUCGUCAGUGACAUCCUCUUCUGGAUCCUGAAGGAGCACGGAAGGACUCCACGGAAGGACUCGGAUCUGACUCGGAUCCACUUUCACACUUUGGCCUACCACGUCCUGGCUACUGUGGACGGCUACUGGGCAAACCAGGUGGCGGCCGUUGCCGCGGGCGCCAGAGUGGCUGGCACGCAGGCCUGCGCCACAGAAACCAUUGACACAAGCAGAGUCUUCCUCAAAGCCCCACGGGAGUUCGCCACUUCCCGGAUAGGGGAGUCUUCUGUAGUCUCCUUGAAUCCUAGUGAGCCUGUGUCCGAGUGGCACAGGGAUGGCAUCUCAUUCCACUACACGCCAGUCCUGGUGUGCCGAGAUCCGCUGCGGACCGUUGGCCUCGGCGAUGCCAUUUCUGCUGAAGGACUCCUGUAUUCAGAAUUCUCUCCUCAAUAACCUGGACGUAUCUCCCCAGAGCAGUUUGAACUGUGCCAUGCGGAUGUGGGCUGGAAUUCAGGGCUUAACGGAAGAACCAAAGAUUAAGUCGGGCCCAGUCUAGCAGCCUGGUCAGAUCCUGGGGAUGCUGAACAGUGAGGCAGUUAAAUACCGGGACCACCUUCCCAUCCCCCGGAAUGGCAGCUUAAAAACCAAAGCAGCUGCUGCUUUAAGUUGAUCCUUUGCAAUGACUUUGAAAAGCGCACCACACUUAGACGUGUUAUGCCCAGCAAGUCUGUUAAUCCUUCACAACUGUCUUGUUUCAGGGAAGGCAAAAGGCAGCUGUGUGGCACCUUUGCGUUGUGACAUUCCUAAUGCGGCAGGAGCUGGCCUUCUAGUUUUUGUGGUGGUGGUACAAUCUGAUUGCCCCCUCCCCACCUUUCACCUCGCAUUCCACCAAAUGAGCAGUCCUAAAAUGCAUCCCGUCAGCCCCACAAGUGGGAGAUGGACAAGAAGCACCUUGGAAGUUUCAUGGAGAGAAAAGGGGGUGUUUCUACCAAGGAAGGACUGUUCGGAACUGCACCUGGACAUCCAGAACGCAGCCAAAGUCAAUUAGGGUUUUUUGUGAGUGACUUGAUCAUAUGUGCUUCUGUAGAUGGUGUAUGCAAACUUCUACCUUCUGAUUUUGCUUUGGUUUCGGACUACAGGCAGGAAAAAACCUAUUAGAUGCUGUGUUGAUACAAGGCGGUAACUGGAAGUUGGGGGUGGGGAGGAAGAGCUGUCAUAUAGUUUUACUCAACAGCUCAUUUAACAUGGGAAAAGGGGGAAACCUAAUCUGGGGCAAGUGCCAAAGAAUCCUAAUGCACUCCAAAAACACCAAGAGAACUCCCCUUUUUUUGUUCCAGAUAAAUGCCAACCUUUCCAGCGGAGGGGGAAAUAAGAUAACUGACUCGCUCUUCCAUUCCUGGCUUCCUCUACUGGCGUGUGAUUCCAGGGAUCAUAUGGCCUGCAGGCAAGCAUUUCUCCAGAGCUCAGGAAAUUGCCUCUGGCCAUUGUGUAUAGAUCUUUAUUGUUGUUGUUUUUCUUGCAUUCCACUUCCACCACCUCCUCAACCUGAAAUUGCCACUCUGGCCUCUGUUUCACAGAUGAAAGCAGUGAUCUGACUGCUGUAAAGAUGUCUUAAAGAAACCUCUGAAAUGGG